AUGUUCACCAAAACUCUCGUCGCCCUCUUCGGUUCUUUUGUCAUUCUCAACGCUGUCGCCACUCCAGCUCCACUCCAAGCUAGAGACGAAAGUCACUCUGUCAACUUAGUCAACAACUGUGGAAGCGGUAACGCCGUCUUCCUCUACGCCGACCACGGUGUCCAAGGUUCAGGAGUUAUCUCCGGCCCUGUCAAUGGCGGAGUAGCCUGGGUCGAUGGUUUCGCUGGAGCAGACUGUCAAUCCUCGGGUGUUAAUUGCGGUAUCGUAGAAUUCACCUUGACCAACGAUGAAGGUGCUGGACAACAAAACGCUGCUGAUUACUCACUCUUGGAUGGUCCUGGAUUGGGUAACCACAAGUACACUUAUAAGAUGGACUUCGUCUUCACUGGAUCAUGCACCAAUGGUCCUGGUGGACCUUGUACUGGAGAUUCUGCUGAUCAAUGUCCCGGAGCUUAUUUGGGAUCUUCAACCGAAGGCGGAGCACCUACUCAAUGUCUCGCCGAUAACACUGGAAUCACUAUCACUUUCUGCUAA